AUGCCGUUCUACGCACAGCAGCUGGGCGCCCGGCCGCACGAACUGGGAAGCAUUUUUGCGGCAUUCGCCAUUACGCAGGCCUUGCCGCCAGGCGCCAAGUUGCUCCACCUGGCAAGCGACCGUUUCGGUCGGCGGGUCGUACUCAUCGCAGCCGCCGUUGGGCCGGCCAUCGGCUUUGCCGUCUCUGCCUUCUCAUGGUCCUAUUACUCCCUGAUCCUGGCGCGCGAGGAGUGA